AAUAAACACGUUUCAAAAUGGUUAGAAAGGAAUUUUAAUUGUUCAUAGCUGUAGGUGGAAUCUAUUUCUGCUAUUUUAAAGUGGGACUUAUUUAAGAGCACUUGUAAUUUUGUGAUUUAAUUAUUAAGAUUUAAGAGUAAUUUUGGUCCAAUAGGUGGUGAUCCAUCUCCGAAAUUUUAAUUUUCUUCAGUUUUAAUAUUUAUGCAAAUGUUAUUUUACAAUUUGUUGUGUAUGGCAAUGAUUUACAGAAAUAAAAUAAAGUUUGUAUGUACAAAAAAGGAAGGUUCUUAUUUAGGAUUACUAAACUUUACAUCAAUGAUAGGUGCAUUAGCAGCCUUAUAAUAUGUAAGUUUUCCACUUUAAGCUCUUGUUAAAAGUUGUAAGUAAGUAUUCAUAUUAUUAUUUAUAUAGAAUUCUUUCAGUGUUAGUAGUAGGAUUAGUUUUAGGAAAUUAAAAAUUCACAAAAUAACAAAUACUAUGUGGUUUGAUUAUUACAAUAGGAAUAUAUAUAUUUAAUGUAAGUGAAGGUAGUGCAUCAAAUAAAAGCUCAUCUUUAUUUGGCAUUGUCUUAUUAAUGAUUUCAUUAUUUUCAGAUGGAUGUCUUGCAACUUUGUAAAGCAAAUUCAAAGUCAAGAAAUUAGAACAAUGGGAAAUGGGAUUUCAUAUUAGUUUAUGGAGUUUUAUUGGAUCAAUAUUCUAUACUAUUAUUUAAGGUAAGUAUAUUUAAUUCUUUUAAUACAUUUAAUAAUAUCCAUAAGUUGUUCCAGAAAUUGUAUUUCUUACUAUCUAUUCAGUUUUGGGAUAAGUGUUUAUCUUUUAUUGUAUAAGGUAUAUAAUAUAUUCAUAUUAUUAUUUAGUUGUUUCUCCCCUAGAGUUUUAAGUGUUGUUACUACAACUAGAAAGUUUUUCACUGUGCUUUUAUCAAUUAUGAUACAUAACCAUAUGGUUAAUUAAAUAUAAUGGAUUGGAAUUAGUUUAGUUGCAUUUGCUGUUGCUUUCGAAUUAUUUAUGGUAAAUAUACAUUAUUACUAUUAAUCAUAGGGAAUGAAUUCUAAAAUACAUGAUGAUAAAAAAAAAGAUGUCAAACUUUAAGAUGAUAAUUAAUAAGAAUAAUAACAAUUAACUAAUAAUAAAAAUAAAAAACACAAUCAUCAUCGUUGA